AUGGCUAGUUUUAGCCGCUCCUUCAAGCCGCCAUCUUAUUUCCGGCCCAGGCGACCGAAUCGGACCUCGAGGAAAUCCAAUAACCCGUCAGAGGCUUCAUCGCCGGCCUCGUCGGCUGCGUCACUGUCCGAGUCGGACGAGGAACAAUUCGUGCUGUCUGGCGCCAAUACUCCGGUCACCGAGAAUGCGCCGCCGAGCGGAUCGGGCCUGUUCGGCGCCACAGCUGCCGGUCGCGGCACCAUCCCGACAAAAGAUCGCUCCCAGCCCACCGGGAAUGUCUCUCGAUCACUCGACACCCCGAGACUUGCUGCCCGACCAAUUGCUAUCGAGCUGCCAGCCCUUCGCAAAAUCAACACAGCCCCGGUUUAUACUCCACCGGAGCCUCUGAGCGCGCGAGGUGAACGCCCUGGAGGAUAUUUUCCACUUCACGAGGACCCAAAGUCCAGAGUUCACCAUCCGCACCCUUUUCAGCUUGACAUCAAAAAGGCGCGAAACAAUUCGAUAAAUCUUGCAGUCGAGGCCGCCAGCCCUGAGACGAACCUUGGCAUCCCGCCCGUCUCUGUCACCAUGGCCGACAACGUCCAUUACCCACUGUUCGACGGCGCGGACUCAUCCAGGUCAAGCAGCACCAACACACCCGUCACAUCAUACCUGCCCAGCGGUGUCCACGAGACGCCUCUGCCCAUGGGAAAAUACUAUCCCUCCAACUAUGAAAACCGACAAAACUUGAGCAGCUCACAAAAUUUGAGGCCGCCGACGAGCGCACCCGCCCCCACUCCGGGCAACGUCAAAUCAGACUCGCAGGUGCCCAGAUACAGGGGGGACCCAAAGCAUUCUCGGACUGACUCCGAGGCAAAGCGCCGCCUGCAGCAGUACCAGCGCGAUAUGAUUGCGCAGGCCACGCUGGCGGCACGGCAGGUUCUUGGCGGCACGGUGAAGCAGAGCGGCUCCAGAGCCGGAGCCCCCUCCACCGGCGGCGUCUCGCUGCACAAUAUUCACCUUGGCGCGUCCCUGAUGCAUAAGCCGCUGUCACCCAAACUGAUGCCCCUCGGCAGUCCCGGUCCUGUCACGCCGAUGGAUCUCGAGGGCGAGGGAGACUCUUACCUGUCGCGAGGCCGUCCCAUGUCUGGACCCGAUGCCGAUCGCGAGACGGAGGAGGUUGCUCGGGCGAUGAGGAUGGAGGAGGAGCGGAGGAGGAGAGAGGGUGCCACGUCGCCUGCUAUUGAGCUUGGGCCCGUCACGUUCUAG